AGAAGGGCAGCAGAGGCCCUGAAGCAGAGAGGAGGUGAGGAGGGGAGAGGGCCCCAGAGGCAGCUAGGUGAAAGGAGGGGCCACAGGGAGCAGCUCCAAGGGUGAGAUCUGUCAACCCAACUGUCCGUCUGUCCAUCCAUGAGCCUUUGCUAUAAGGCAACACCCUGGUAUCUUUCACCGAGGGGGCUUCUGUUUCCACAUCUGUAACCUUCUGGUUCUAAGACCGCCAGUACACCGGAGUUCUGGGGGUGGGUCCAUGCCUCAGGCAACCCCAGUCGUGGGCUGGGGUGGGCUGGGGGACAGGAUCAGAAGGGCUGGGAGAGGGGUGGUGGGGGAAGGCCCCAAAAAAGAAGUUAAAGGAGACUUCUGCCUAAAGAAGAAAGCCAUGGUAGGGCGGAGCUGAGACCCCGGUUUGGUUUCGGGGAUCAGGGCUACGUAGGGCCAAUGGCCACAGGCAGCCCCAGCACAGGGAGGGUUAAGCAUCCUCCGGGUUCCCACCCUGCUCUGGGCCCCUCCCUUGUGUUUACGUCCUCCCAAAAAUAUUCUGCCUCCAGCUGGCCUCCUUCUGUGUCCUGCCCCUCCCCCUUGAGUUAGCCUUGGGGGCCCGAGGGGGUGCCAGGGCCAGGGCUUCUAGGACUAGGAGGGAGCCAGCAGGCUCAGGCGUGCUGGGGCAGAAGCGGACCUGGAGAGGCUGAGCUGCAGGGCCCGGGCUGGUGGCUCCUCUGGCUGAACACACUCUCUGCAAGGCCAGGGUGACAGAGUUGAAGCCAUGUGGCAGCUGCUGAUCCCCGUGGCCCUGUGGCUGGGCAUGGUGGGCCUGGGCAGAGCAGAGCUCACGGCGGCCCAGCAGCGGGGCCUGCAGGUGGCCCUGGAAGAAUUCCACAAGCACCCGCCUGUUCAGUGGGCCUUCAAGGAGAUUGGCGUGGACAGUGCCACAGACACGCUCUUCCCUGCAGGGACCUUUGUGAGGCUGGAAUUUAAGCUCCAGCAGACGAGCUGCCGGAAGAAAGACUGGAAAAAAGCUGAGUGCAAAGUCAAGCCCAAUGGGAGGAAGCGGAAAUGCCUGGCCUGCAUCAAGCUGAACUCUGCCGACAAAGUCUUAGGCCGGAUGGUCCACUGCCCCAUACUCACGCAGGUCCAACGGGAGCCUGAGGAACAGCACGAGGGGCAGUGCAGCAGGGUGGAGCGUGCAGGAGAGGACCCCCACAGCUACUACUUCCCGGGACAAUUUGCCUUCUUCAAGGCCCUGCCCCCCAGCUGAGGCCUGCUGAAUUUUGUCCCGCUUCCCGGACAGCAGGAGGUAACCAGUGAAAGACCCACCUCCCAUCCCCGCGCCCAGGGAGGACGAUCCCAUUAUCCCCGAGCUAAUAAAACUGCUCUCCCAGA